UAGCGUUACUCCAUUUUAGUUUGGCUAAUGUUUAGGUAGGCGUCAGUCAGUGUGGUGUUCGCGGAAUAGGCUGGAAAAUAAAUCAUGGGGAGAAAAAAGAAGAAGCAGAUGAAGCCCUGGUGUUGGUACUGCAACAGGGAUUUUGAUGAUGAAAAGAUUCUCAUUCAGCAUCAGAAGGCCAAGCACUUUAAGUGUCAUAUAUGUCACAAGAAGCUAUAUACUGGUCCUGGUCUGGCCAUCCACUGUAUGCAGGUUCACAAAGAAACCAUUGAUGGUGUCCCUAAUGCAAUACCGGGAAGGAUUGACAUAGAGCUGGAGAUUUAUGGAAUGGAGGGUAUUCCAGAGAAAGACGUGGAGGAGAGGAGACGUGUGCUUGAACAAAAAACACAGGAAAAUCAGAAGAAAAAACAGCAAGAUGACUCUGAUGAAGAUGACUCAGAUGAAGAGGCUGGUCCCUCCUUUCAGCAACCAGCAACAACCAUACAGCCUCAGGCAGCCUAUGCCCCUAUGACCCAGCCAGGAAUGGCCCCUGUCCCAGCGCCAGGGAUGCCACCUGGAAGCUACUCAGGAAUGCCCCCAAUGAUGCCUGGUGUCCCCCCGAUGAUGCCAGGGAUGCCUCCUGUCAUGCACGGGAUGCCUCCAGGCAUGAUGCCAAUGAGUAGGAUGAUGCCACCUACACAUGGAAUGCCCCCAAUGAUGCCAGGCAUGCCACCAGGAAUACCUCCUCCCAUGGGUCAUCACCCUGGCAUACCCCACAUGGCUCAGGCCCCUCCUACCAUUCGGCCGGCUGUGCCUGCCACAACAAUGCCCACGCCACAGCCGAGUGUCUCCAAGCCACUGUUUCCCAGUGCAGGACAGAUGGGGACUCGAGCUCCAAGCACAAGCUCGGGCUCCUCCAGUCUGGACAGUUUGUCAGCAUCCUCUAAACCGCUGUCCCAAGUCCAGCAGGCUGGUUCUGGUGUAGCGGUGAGCUCCUCUGCACCACCUUCUGCUGCUCCCAAACCAACAUUCCCAGCUUACACCCAGUCCUCUGCCACUGCUACGGCCAACACGAGCAGCACUGUGGCCAAACCGGGCACCCCAGUCACAAGUAAGCCUGCCACCCUCACCACCACCAGUGCAACCAGUAAGUUGAUCCACCCUGAUGAAGAUAUAUCACUGGAGGAGUUGCGAGCACAGCUGCCUUGCUACCAGUGUAAAGUCCCUAGUGCAGGACAGGCCCACGUAACUUCCCCACCAGUUGCACCAAUGGGAGGUGUGUUGCCCCCUCAGCAGGGCAUUCCUGUACAACAGCCGGGUGUUAGGCAUCCCAUGCAAGGGCCAUUCGGUGCUCCGCUGCAGGGAGUGCCUGGGUACGUCCCAGGGGGAAUGCCUCCUUAUGGACAAGCCCCACCCAUGGUCCCUCCCUACCAGGGAGCCCCUCGGCCCGCCAUUGGCAUGAGACCUCCUGUAAUGUCUCCUGGAGGCCGAUAUUGAAGCGUCACCACCGGUCUUCAUUAGGUUUGGUGAUUCAACCAUUUUGCCAUCUAGUGGCGUGCUUUACAAUCCAGAUCAGUAACCAUAACCCUUCUUGCAAUGAGGAGAUGGAGUAAUCAAACUGUGUAACGCAUGGGACAUUUGAUUUUACCAAGUCUAUUAUUUGGACCUACCCUUUGUUGCAGAUCAUUCAGUCUGGCUUUUUUCUCAUGUUUUGUUUAGGUUUUUAGAAGUGAAGUGUAGUAAAUAUGGUUCGUAUUAAUUUGAAGCGGCUGGAGUUUCGUACAGCACCUUUAACAAGGCAAGUCACUGUAAAUAUACUAUUACUGUACUAAAAGUGUGAAGCCUUCGCAGCACCCAUAGGUGCUGUUGGACGUCCCGUCCCCAGCAUUGCUUGGUGAGGGCUUCAGAUAGCUGUCACUGUUGGGUUUAUUUUUCUAUGUCUGCUUGUCUACAUUUACAGUGUUCUCUCUGUAGGGCCAAUAACACAAGACUCCUGUGAAUGCUAUCUGUACUGUUCCACUGUUAAUUGUAAUAAACUAUUGAAAUCUAACGGCUGUUUUUUUUCAUUAGCAAGUAAAGGACAACCUCACAAGGUUUGUACUACAAAUGCUCAACGUGAUGGCUGUUGUUUAUUUGUAUGAAAGCUGUGUGAUUGCAGUGUGCUGGGACGUGUUUGUGGGUGAGAGGGAAACUGAAGCAUUUGCAUCCACGUUUGAUGGUCCUUUCAUAUUAAAGUUUGGAUUUAAAGGGGUCAAAUCACGAGGAAUCAAGUUUUCCUUGAUCUUUUGAGAUAAAUGGGUUUAGCACCAUGUCAACUUGAUGUAACUGUUGCAGCGCAAAACAUCCUCCUCAGUCCAAAAAGACCAUCAUCAUAACAUCUCCCAGCUUCUGACGUCAGUGAACAACAGACAAACUAACGAUAUAAGAGUUUGUGCUGCAACAGAAAGUGACACGGUGAUAAAUGAUCAUGGAAUAAACAAAGUAUGACUAUUUUUGAUGGGAGAAAAAAUAACACAGUGGACAUGUAUAAGACCCCUUUAAAUUUUCAGCUGCUUAUGCAAGGACAUAUGGCUGCUAGAC